AUGGACAUCGACGAAAGCAGGAAUCGGUACAAACGUCUUUCUUUGGCGGGAGAAUCUACUUUAUCUGUGGUCUCUCUUCAUUCAACAUCUUUGGAAAUCUGCGAAAUGGUCUAUGGAGAGCAUUCUACCUCCUACGAUGCUGUCGAACGAUUCUAUGAAGCCAGUGCGAUAAGCACUGAUCGUUAUGCUCACAGUGUAAGCUCCCGAAACUAUAAACUUAGGGCAUCAUGGAUUUAUAAUUCAUUCAGAUAUGAGAAUCCACUGGUAACUACUACCUCGCGAACAAUGCUCACUGAUAUCCUACGGAUUUCUCGCCAGCUGAGCGUAAUAAAUGUACCUCGUCCACUGGCGGUAGUUUACUCUUUCUUUCGUCUGCAAGUUCCAGACUACCUAAGCAGCCCAUGGAUUCAUGCGUUGCGAGCUUGGACGGAAAUUGAUGACAUUUGUGAGACCGAAAGCUUUGACGGGCAUCGCAAAACCAUCGUUGAACACACACUCAAUGUCCUUGUCUUUCCUAGUAUACACUCCGAUUCCGGGACUCCAGCAGCUCGGUUCAGUCAUUCUACCGAAUCUGCUCCGCCGACACCAGGCUCUCAGAUACCUUCGUCCCAUCCCAUUCAUCCGUCUUUACCAAUUCCCGGUACAUCCUUAACCGUUCCUUCCCCAUUCCAUCUCAAACUCCGCAUUAUCACACGUUUUUCCUUCAACGAACAGGGCCGCAUAACCCACCACAGAGAUUUCUGGGAUGUUAAAGACGUCAUGGGUCUUGUUCCCGGUGUCUCAUUAGCUCAGUGGAUUGGGACUAGAUUAACUGCGAGAGGAUUGUCUUAUGCUUCUCGAGCAUGGUUCAAAACAUCGGGCGUACAAGCGUCUUCCACGGAAAAUGAUGCAGAAAUAAGAGAAUUGGAAAACGGCUAUGGACCUUCAUCCUCUCCCGCGGCCGACUAUGCUAAAUCUACCCAAAAAGCCUUUGCGGAUUCUGUCGUGAGAAACGAGUAG